GCACCACAUUUGAAAAAUUGAUUUAUUUGGUAUGUUGUAAAUUAUCAAGAAAGGGUUCGGAAUGACUGCAACAUACACCGAAAUAAUUUUAGCGAGUUGUAUCUUAAUCCUCCCGUUUCUUUAUGAAGCAAGUUCAGCUUUCAGAUACCACUUAAAAUUUUUCCUUUAUUAUGCCUUGGUUAUGGUAAAUUCAGUUAUACUCAUCCCCGUUUACUGCUUUAUGCCUGGAAAUGUGAAAAAUUUGCUAUUAGCUAGUGAUUUUUGUCGAUGGAUUACAACUCUUCUCGGCAUAAGAUGGGUGUUGCGAGGGAAAGAAAAUUUGGAGAAGGACCAGGCGUGUAUCAUCGUUUCAAACCACCAAAGUUCUUUAGAUAUUAUGGGCAUGUUCCAAUUUUGGCGGGUGAUGGACAAAUGCACCGUCAUCGCCAAAAAGGAGCUACUGUACACCGGACCUUUUGGCCUGGCGGCUUAUUUGUGCGGUCUCAUUUUUAUACCUCGGGUGCACGCCGAAAGGGCGAAGAUCAUCAUGAACGAAGCUGCUCAAAAAAUUAAGACUGAUAAGGUUAAACUAUGGGUAUUUCCAGAAGGUACUAGACGAAACGACGGGAAGAUUCACCCUUUCAAAAAGGGCGCGUUCCACAUGGCCAUAACUCACAAGUUACCUAUUUUGCCGGUGGUAUAUUCCCGGUACUACUUCUUAGAUAAGGAUAUCAAAAGAUUUGAUCACGGAAAGGUAAUUGUGACAGCCUUACCCCAAAUCGAAACAGCAAACUUGACGACGGACGACUUGGAGGACCUGAUGGAAAGAACGAGAGCUUUAAUGCAAUCUGCCUUCAACGAAGCCACCAAAGAAGUGACCGACGGAUACAUUCCCAACUCUAGUCAGAAAGUGAAAGUAACAUGAAAUUUGCCCGAUUGUCUCGAGCCUAAAGGUAUAGGUAGCUAGUUUUUACGUUUUUUCGGAAAACUUCAGCACUUUUUUAGUUUAGUGAUCAGGAUUUGUAUGUAUGUGAUAUUUGGGACGGUUUCGAGUAUAUUUUUACGACAAAACUAUUUUUAGGUGCAUCGACGUUUUAAAAAUCUUGACCGGAUGCCUUUUAUGUGAUUUUUUACACUAGAUUUAUGAUUGUAGAUUGUUUAAACUAAAUCCAAACACACGAAAAAUAGUUGUUAGUUCCACCAAUCACAAUAUCCGCUUGUAUCAACAAUUUAAAACAAUCUAAACAUCACAAAUGAGCAGAUUGCUUUAAAAGUACGAUUAAUUUUAUAUAAAGAAAAAUACAAACAAUAUUUCUGUGAGAAUAGGCUUCGAACAUGCGCAGACAAGGCCUAAUAGAAUUUAAGAUCAUUUUUUUUUAACAAUCGAAGACGUAUGAUGGUUGAUCAUAGACAAUACGUAGCUAUCAUAGUUUACGAAUAAAGUGUUUCUGUAUCUGUUGGAAUGUUGGCUGCACUAAUUCAUGGACCAACAAACAUAUCGCGCAAGCACACAGUGACCAAAGAACUAUACUCAAAUACUUCACUAAAAUAUUUGCACAAUAAUAAUAGAAAAGUUUUUAGGAUUUCUAGUGAAUUUUUUUACAAAAUAUUAUGUGAAUGACACAAUUAAUUUAUUGCAUACCUUUCAUACAUAAAAUGUCGAUCAUAUUCUGUUGAAAUAAUGUCUCGAUUUAAUAUUGGUAGAACUAAUGAACCAUUCGAGUGAUUUUAUUUUAUUUAGUAACUUUAAGAAUAAACUUAGUUCUUUUUUAUACUCAAAAUUUGUAAUUUUUGAAGACAAAAAAUAUUUCUGGGUAUUAUAAAAAAUAAACAAAAAAAUGUAUAAAGGUGCCAUUUUAUAAGCAGAUCUAGUCAAUGUGUAUUAAUAUUUUUAUUCGAUUUUAUAAUCUGGUUAAAUACAGUAAAAUGAAUAGGAAAAUGAGUACUUUCCUAAAGUUCGUUAUUUCGAUUCAUUACAAACGCCAUUCUAAUAUAUUUCCCUUUCUGUCUUGCUAUAAACUUGAAAAUUUUCCUUUAUUACUUUUACUGUAUUAUAAUCUUUGUUAAUUUGGCAACUGUGUUAAUUUUGCUCUUUAUUUUUUCUCUAUGUCGAUUUUAAAUAAUUUGUAGGGUUAUAUUGAAUUUGUACUAUGAUGAUAAUAUUAUAAACGCAAUAUGGAACGCAAUAUUUGUUUUUUGUGUAAAUGUAUUAUGUAAUUUUCACUUUUUACUCUUCUGACAUUAAAAAUAUUUAUUUUGUAAAGAAUAAUAAAUAAAGAUGUUUAUAGAA